AGUAAAAGUGACACUGCAUAAAGGUGAUAUUUGAAAACGAAUAUGGCUAAUUUUAUCUACUAGUUACAUUGUGCAAAAGUAUCUAUAGAAUAAAAGAAUGUCAUUUCGAGGUCGUGGAGGUGGCGGAUUUGGUAGAGGCGGAGGUGGCGGUGGUUUUCGUGGUGGAAGAGGUGGAGGUGGAUUCCGUGGAGGUCGUGGCGGUGAUAAGGGUGGAAGAGGAUAUGACCAAGGUCCACCAGAGCAAGUGACACCUUUGGGUCACUUCACGUGGACAGUGCAAGAUGAUUUAGUGGCUAAAGUAGAUAUAGAGCAAGUACCCUUUUUUAAUGCUCCAAUUUACACGGAAAACAAACUACAAAUUGGGAAAAUAGAUGAAAUAUUUGGUAACAUCAGAGACUACUAUGUGUCUAUAAAAUUAUCAGAAAAUAUAAAGGCAUCUAGCUUUCAAAAGGAUACACAGUUAUUUAUAGAUCCUGCAAAAUUGCUACCUUUACAAAGGUUUUUACCUAAGCCUCCUGGAUCAGAACAAAAGAGAGGAGGUGGAGGUGGACGAGGAGUAAGAAGAGGUGGUGGAGGACGUGGUGGUGGACGAGGUGGAGGUAGACCAUCAUUUGGACGUGGUGGUUUUGGAAAAGGUGGCGGUGGUGGUUUUAAAGGCCGUGGAGGAGGAUUUGGUAAAAGUCGUGGAAGGGGAAAAUGGUAGAAAAGUAAAGUAUAAUGAAUUUUUAUAUAAAGACAUAUGAAGUGAUAUCAAUUCCUUAAUUUCAUCAAAUUAGAAUAUAAAUACUUUUUAAGAUACAACUGAAACAAUGAAAACAAUAUAUGAUUUAU